UUUAUUCUCCCUAGUCCCUCUCGUUAGUGCUAAUCCAAAAUGGCGGGAGGUUUGGAUUGUCUAAAAGUCGAUGGAAAACUCAACCCUCCUGCAGCAACGCUACAAAACUGUCUUAAGUUUUCUCAUGAUUGUAAAUAUCUAAGUCUUUUAUGUGAUUUUGGAUUGACGACUGUUAUUGAAAUAAAAGAUAAGACAUCAUUAAUCCCACGUGGAGUUGUGUUGAAGACGCUAAAACAUGACAGUGAGACAUUAGAGGGACACACAUGGUCUUCAGAUGAUGAGAUAUAUGCAGUGCUCAGUCAGAAGGCUUACAUUUACAUGUGCAAACCAUAUAGUGACAGUAAAAUACAGUCUUACCAAGCAGCUAUUGCUGGACCCAAUGGUGUGGAAAUAUACCACUUACAAUUGGACAAUUCAUCAUUAUCAGUGAAAGAAGGCAUUCAUCUUCACAAUGACCUUGCUAUAGUUUUGGUAGACUUUUCUCCAGACCUAAAUUAUCUGGCAGUAGCCGCUUUAGACUGUCAUUUUGGAAUAUGGAACGUCAAGAGUCUUCAAGGAGAUAAGAAGGAUUUCUGGUAUAAACUCCUCUCUACUAUAAGGAUAACAGGAAUAAGUUUUUCGUCCGACAGUCAAAACAUUGCUGUUGCAUGUUGGGAUGGAUCGUGUUAUGUGUUCACUAAGUAUUCUCAGUCAUCUGAGUGGUGUCAAAGCAGAUAUAAAGUGCAGUCUUCUGGAGAAAGAAUCUGUGGAAUCCUAACAGGAUCACUGGUGUGUUGGUCACCAAACAAUGAAACAGUAAGGUUUUCAUUUGCUAAUGAGGAGGGUGCUUGGCUAAGCUCUAAAAUCUCUUCAAAUGAAAAAUUGUCAUCAAUGAAAGUAGCAGAGAAAGGUAUAGAGGUCAAAGGACUAGAUACCAUGAGAUGUUCACCUGGGAAGUUUUCUGUGAGUUUUCUCAACUCAGAAGUACUCGUAAUAACAGGUUGGCCAGAUUAGAAAUACUGUUAUGAAUACUUAUUAGGAAUACAUGAUUUAUCAUGAUUCAAAUGCACAAGGUCAUAAAUUGAAUGCAUUUUUAA